AUGUCUCGCAUUAACAUGUUGAUGCUGUUGGUGGCCGUUGCUGUGGCCUUGCCUUACCCUCAAGACGCUGCUUCUCCCGCCGAUCCUACCCCAGUUGUUCCAGGUGCGGAUGGUUUAACAGCUGACCUUCGUCAUCACCAUGGCCACAACAGCGGCGGAUAUGGGGCCGGAUACAACCAAGGAUACGGCGGAUAUAAUCAAGGAUACGGCGGAUACAACCAGCAGGGAUAUGGCGGAUACAACCAGGGAUAUGGAAACAACAGCGUGCUGAUCGUGAUGGUCUUUAUCAACUUUGCCACUGGCGCUACUAAUAAUCUAAACAAACAACGAUUUGCGACCCAACUAGGAUCUGACGUUUCCGGCAAUGUGCAGAAUUCUGCGGAUCGAGGCCAACAGCGGUCACCACCAGCGUUUCAGCCAGUUGUAGCUGAAACGAGUCUACCUCUGACUACUCGCGGUCCAGUUCAGCCUCGUCCUCCUCCCGGUUCAAUCCCCAAUCUCCCACCCAUAGCUGAAACACCUCGACCAACUUAUCUUCUAACAACUUCACAAAAACCAACACCGGGCAUUAACUACCCCCCAACAAAUCCAGUGAUUGCAGAGGCUCCAGCGAGUGAACCAGAAGUCACGACUGACGUGCUUUAA